ACUUUUUCUUCUUAUCCCUAAGCGCCCUUAUAUAUACAACUCACCUCCCUCUCUCUCUUGUUCAAACCAAAAACUCUUAAAACUCUAAGGUUAACAAAACACGAAAACGAUUCCGUUUCAAUUCUUUUAUUACCUCCUCCUCCAACAUGGUUGAUUUAGAUUGUAAAGCCAAGAUGCCAAGCAAAUCUCCGAAACUCUCAAACAAGCUUCGUGUUUCUAUUCCGGCGCCGUUUCGUGGCGCUACUAAAUCACCUGUUUCUUGCUCCGACUCGGCUUGUUCGGCUUACGAGCAGUAUCUUCGGCUUCCGGAGCUUAGCAAACUAUGCAGCUCAAGAGAAUUUCCAAAUUGGAAAAACGAAGCCGUUUUGAAACCUGCUUUACAAGCUUUAGAGAUCACGUUUCGGUUCGUUUCAAUUGUUUUAUCCGAUCCUAGGCCGUAUGCCAACCGAUGCGAGUUCAAGCGGCGGCUGGAGUCAUUAGCAACCUCUCAGAUUCAGCUCGUAGCUAAUUUAUGCGAGGAGAAAGACGGCUCGGCUCCGAUCGUUGACUUGACCACGAUCGACGGCGUUUUGACCCGCGACGGGAGCUCCGCGCAGGUAUGGAAGCUUCCAGGCGGAGAGUCAAGCUUCGUCAACCGAACAAGCGAACACAGCUUGCUUCCUCGUCUCGCCACGUGGCAUAAAUCUGAGGAUGUGGCGGAGAAGAUCAUGUACACCAUCGACUGCGAGAUGAGACGGUGUCCGUACACUCUAGGUGUAGGAGAGCCAAACCUGGCCGGCAAGCCGAACCUCGAGUACGACGCCGUUUGCAGACCAAACGAACUCCACGCUCUAAAGAAGAACCCGUAUGAUAACGUUAUCGACAAUCACGAGAACCAAACUCUAUACACGACGCACCAGAUUCUAGAGGCAUGGAUAUUCACAGCACAAGAGCUCCUAAAACGCAUCGUGUUAAGAAUCGAAAACAAAGAAUUCGAACAAGCAUCGAACGACUGUUAUUUACUCGAGAGAAUCUGGAAACUACUAGCGGAAAUCGAGGACGUCCACGUGUUAAUGGACCCGAGCGAUUUCUUAAGACUCAAAAACCAGUUAUCAAUCAAAUCCGAAUCCGAAUCCGACCCGUUUUGUUUCAGAUCACGUGGAUUAGUCGAGAUCACGAAACUUUCUAAAGAUUUGAAGCACAAGGUUCCGUUAAUUUUGGGGGUGGAGGUGGACCCCAGCGGCGGGCCCAGGGUACAGGAGGCAGCGAUGAGAUUGUAUAGUGAGAAGAAAGAUAGCGUGAAGAUUCAUUUGCUUCAGGGAUUACAGGCUGUGGAGGCGGCGUUGAAGAGGUUCUUUUACGCGUAUAAGCAGGUGCUGGUGGUGGUAAUGGGGAGUCUGGAGGCAAAAGCAAACCGAGUGGUGGUGAGUGCGGAGUCGUGUGACUCGUUGAGUCAGGUGUUUCUGGAGCCGACUUAUUAUCCGAGUUUGGAUGCGGCCAAGACGUUCUUGGGAGAGUUUUGGAGUCAUGAAAAGAAACAGUGAGCGAGUUACUAUAGAGAUUUUUUAUUUAAAAAAAAGAGUAUAAUGUUUGAAUUAUUCUUUGUAAAAUAUAUAAAAUUUUGAGGCAUUUAUAUUAUUGUAUCAUUAGUUCAUUUUUAA